GUAUUUGGAAUGGAGUUAGUUGGUUGCUUGUUUUCUCGAAACUGGAAUAUACGAGAGAUGGCACUAAGACGUCUUUCCCAUGAUGUUAGUGGUGCUCUGCUACUGGCUAAUGGUGAAAGUACUGGGAAUUCUGGAAGUAGCAAUGGAAACAACGCAAGUGCUGGAGCGCUAGGAGCAGCUAGUGGGUCAUCUCAGACCAGCAUCUCAGGAGAUGUGGUGGUGGAAUCUUGCUGCAGUGUGCUGUCCAUGGUCUGUGCUGACCCUGUCUACAAAGUGUAUGUUGCUGCUUUAAAAACUUUAAGAGCCAUGCUGGUAUAUACACCCUGUCAUACUUUGGCAGAGAGGACUAAACUACAGCGACUUCUCAAGCCAGUUGUAGAGACAAUAUUAGUUAAAUGUGCAGAUGCCAACAGUCGAACAAGUCAACUUUCAGUCUCAACGCUAUUGGAGAUGUGUAAAGGCCAAGCAGGCGAGCUCGCAGUUGGGAGAGAAAUACUUAAAUCUGGAUCUAUUGGUAUUGGUGGUGUGGAUUAUGUCUUAAACUGUAUUCUUGGAACCCAAACUGAAUCUAGCAACUGGCAGGCGCUACUGGGGCGACUUUGUCUAAUAGACAGACUUCUGUUGGAAUUUCCUGGUGAAUUUUAUCCCCACAUUGUCUGUGGAGAUGUUUUACAGGCUGAAACUGUAGUAGACAGGUAUAAGAAACUCCUCUCCCUCUUAACUUUCACCUUGCAGUCAAUUGACAAUUGCCACUCAAUGGUUGGUAAACUAUCACGGAGAGUAUUUUUGAGUGCAGCAAGAAUGGUGGCAAGAGUGCCCCAUGUUUUUGUAAAGCUGUUAGAAAUGUUGAGUGUGACAAGCUCAACUCAUUGUGCAAGGAUGCGUCGACGUCUAAUGGCAAUAGCAGAUGAAAUGGAAAUUGCAGAAGCCAUCCAGCUAGGCAUGGAAGAAAUGCACUCUGGAGAAUGUCAACAUGAAGACUUUUUGCAGCUCCCUGUACCAGAUAACUCUCCAGAAACUACAGAAAGUAAUACUCCUAACAAUACUGUCCAGUUAUCAGGGAAAAGUGGGAAAGGUUUAAGUGAUAAAAAACUGAGUGCCAGUCCAGAGGACAUUUCUGAAAUGCUGGCUGGCCUUGCUGUGGGACUUCCUGUUUCAUCAGUAACUACUGAACAACCAAAGCCAGCCAUUCAAACAAAAGGAAAGCCCCACAGUCAGUGUUUGAACUCUUCUCCUUCAUCCAGUCAUUCCCAGUCACUAUUCCCAAUGCUUCUGUCUCCUUCAAACCCAUCUGUACCAGCUGGCACUGUAACAGAUGUCUCUAAACUCAGACCUCAGGGAUUCGUUCCCUGCAAAAUCCCUUCAUCUUCUCCUCAAACACAGCGGAAACUUUCUCUCCAGUUUCAUAGAAACUGUUCUGAAAAUAAAGAACCAGAGAAACUUUCUCCAGUUUUUACCCAAGCCAGGCCAUUGCCCUCCAGUCACAUACAUAGGCCAAAGCCAUCACGACCCACCCCAAGUGAGGCGAACAAGCAGGGAGAAAUCUUAAAAAACAGUAUGACACUUGACCUGAAUGAUAUUUCACAGUGUGAUGGCAAUAGUAGUAGUAGCAGUGCAGUUAUACCAAGUGAAGAGACAGUGUUCACGCCAGUAGAUGAAAAAUGUCGAUUGGAUGUUAAUGCAGAGCUCAAUUCCAGUAUUGAGGACCUACUUGAGGCCUCCAUGCCAACAAGUGAUGGCACAGUUACAUUCAAGUCUGAAGUUGCAGUUCUUUCUCCUGAGCGGGCAGAAAAUGAUGAUACUUACAAAGAUGAUGUAAAUCAUAAUCAAAAAUGCAAGGAAAAGAUGGAAGCUGAAGAGGAGGAAGCUUUAGCUAUUGCUAUGGCAAUGUCAGCGUCUCAAGAUGCCCUGCCAAUAAUUCCCCAACUACAGGUUGAAAAUGGUGAAGAUAUCAUAAUCAUGCAGCAGGAUACACCAGAAACCCUGCCUGGACAUACCAAAGCAAAACACCAUUACAGAGAAGAUGCAGAAUGGCUUAAAGGUCAGCAAAUUGGUCUUGGAGCUUUCUCUUCCUGUUACCAAGCUCAAGAUGUAGGAACGGGGACAUUAAUGGCUGUAAAACAGGUGACAUAUGUCAGGAACACAUCAUCUGAGCAAGAAGAGGUAGUUGAAGCACUGAGAGAAGAAAUAAGGAUGAUGAGUCAUCUGAACCAUCCUAACAUUAUUCGAAUGUUGGGUGCUACAUGUGAGAAGAGCAACUAUAACCUCUUUAUUGAAUGGAUGGCAGGAGGUUCAGUUGCUCAUUUGUUAAGUAAAUAUGGAGCCUUCAAAGAAUCAGUUAUUAUUAAUUACACAGAACAACUGUUACGUGGCCUUUCUUACCUCCAUGAGAAUCAGAUAAUCCAUAGAGAUGUUAAAGGUGCCAAUUUGCUAAUUGACAGCACAGGUCAUAGAUUAAGAAUUGCUGAUUUUGGAGCUGCAGCCAGGUUGGCAUCCAAAGGAACUGGUGCUGGGGAGUUUCAGGGACAGUUGUUGGGAACUAUUGCAUUUAUGGCACCGGAGGUUCUGAGAGGUCAGCAAUAUGGUAGGAGCUGUGAUGUGUGGAGCGUUGGCUGUGUUGUUAUAGAAAUGGCUUGUGCUAAACCUCCCUGGAAUGCAGAGAAGCACUCCAAUCAUCUUGCUCUGAUAUUUAAGAUUGCUAGCGCAACUACUGCUCCAUCAAUCCCUACACAUCUGUCUCCUGGCUUGAAAGAUGUGACUCUUCGGUGUUUAGAACUUCAGCCUCAGGACAGACCCCCAUCGAGGGAACUGCUGAAGCACCCAGUCUUCCGUACUACAUGGUAGCUACAUAUGUAUAAGGCUGAUUACUGAAGAAGCUUCUGCUGAAUAUACAAUUAACUGUCUCGCAGUGCAGUUAAGCACAGCAAGUUGUAUUAUUCUGCUGGCCUUAAUGACAGAUACAUCCAGGACUUAAGGCCAGUGGAGGACUCUACCUAAGUAUGUGACUGACAAAUCGAGAUCUUUACCUAAGCUCAGUAUGCAAUAUUUCACAACUUGAGCAGAGAUUUCUAAACUGUGCCUUUUCAAACAUCUGGCUCUACGUGAACUCAAAAAGCAUUUUUCCUUAAAUCUGCAUGAUUAUUUAGCAGAUAAGUGAUUUUUAUUUUCUUUGGAGCACUUUUUCAGCAAUAUUAGCAGCUGAGGGGCUCAGGAUGUGUUUUACUAUAACAAUCACUGUUCCAUUUCACAUCACGUAGAUGUAAGCAGAGGGUUCUGCAAUUAGUCAGUUUUCAGCACUGUUUAAAAGGAAGUUCUGUAUCUGUCCCUUUUAAUUACACAGAGCUCUGAGUACCAAAUCCAAAUGUUGAUGGAUACUUUAAGAAAAAAAACAUUUUGCCUUCCUUAAAUUAAGAGCAGGCAGUUGUGGUUCACGUGCAUUUACUGCUGGCUAUGUAAUUUCUUUUGAAAUUAAAGUUUGUUUUCAUUGUAUCUUUAACUUUCAGGGAAAGGUGAUCUUUUAAAAUAGUCUUUAGAAAAAGAUGCAAACCGUGUCAUGGAACACCUUGCUGACACAAUUUUAAAAACAGAUUUGCU